GGAUCAUCUCUACCUCUCAUCUCUCUCUCAUCAUCUAGAUCUACAAGCAAAUCAAUGGCAUCAAAGAAAGCUGCAUCCAAAUCUUCAGCUGCAAGCGACACCUACACGGGACCUAUCACCCGUAGUCGUUCCAAGGGGAUCAUCCAAGGGCAAGACCAAGGUUCCGCCAUCGCGCAGAGCAUCCUGAAGCAAUUGAUGGAAUCUCCUAAAGCUGGAAUUGUCAUCAAGGAAAAUCCUCUAUAUAAUGAUUAUGAUUCUGCCUCUAGCAGGUCACUGAAAGAAGCACACCCAGAUGUGAUGUCCGUCAUGAUGGCUGAUGUAGCAGUCGAGACUGCCAUGGCGGAGAUGGAGAGAAAAAUUAAUCUCCUGAUGAAGGUUGUUGAUGAACGAGACCACGAAAUUGCAGCUUUAAAGGAGCAGAUGCAGACUCGUGAAACUGCUGAAUCGAGUCAAACUCCUGUCGUUAAAGUUGAUGACAAAGGGAAGAACGUGGUACAAGAAAAUCAGCCACAACAACAAUCAACUUCUGUGGCUUCUCUCUCGGUUCAACAAUUACAAGAUAUGAUCACAAGCUCCAUCAGAGCACAAUAUGGAGGCCCAUCUCAGACUUCUUUCAUGUACUCUAAACCAUACACCAAAAGAAUCGACAACUUGAGAAUGCCGCUUGGAUAUCAGCCUCCAAAAUUCCAGCAGUUUGACGGAAAGGGCAAUCCAAAACAGCACGUUGCUCACUUCGUCGAAACAUGUGAGAAUGCAGGAUCAAGAGGAGAUCAACUAGUCAGACAAUUUGUUCGAAGCUUGAAAGGAAAUGCUUUUGAAUGGUAUACUGAUCUGGAGCCAGAAAGCAUUGAGAGUUGGGAACAACUAGAAAAGGAGUUUUUCAAUCGCUUCUACAGCACCAGGCGUACUGUAAGCAUGAUGGAGCUUACAAAUACGAAACAAAGAAAGGGAGAACCAGUCAUCGACUACAUCAAUAGAUGGAGAGCUCUAAGUCUUGACUGUAAAGAUCGGCUCACCGAACUGUCGGCUGUAGAAAUGUGCACCCAAGGCAUGCACUGGGGACUCCUCUACAUUUUGCAGGGAAUAAAGCCCCGCACAUUUGAAGAACUGGCAACUCGAGCUCAUGAUAUGGAGUUGAGCAUCGCCAGUAGAGGAACUAAAGAUUUUCUUGUUCCUGAAGUAAAGAAAGAUAAGAAAGAGAUGAAAGGUGCUGAAAAGAUAGUGAAAAGCACCCGAAAGAAUCUAUGGUCGUAA